AUUGUGAAAUUGGAAAACUUCCGAAAAUUAAUUACGAUUGCGACUGUGCGAGUGUACAUUAUCGGUAUUUCGCAUUUCAGACUGGUUAACUCUUUCUUUUCCGUUCUUUAUUUUGUUAUCACAGAUAUCCUUUUCUUUGUCGAUCUGCAGCAAAAUUUUGAUCAUCCUGUUAUUCGUUAUUGGACUGGCAAGAACUCGAUUAAACUUCCUGCUGACUAUCCUAGUCAGGAGUUGAAAUUACGCGCCAAAUUCGUCGGGAACGUGGGAUACGAUGGGAAAAUGCACGAAAGACAACCGAGAUGUGUAUUAUCGGAAUGCCAAGCAGGAAGGCUAUCGCGCACGAAGCGCCUUCAAACUGCUGAACCUGAAUAAAUCCACCGGUGGCACACUGUUCAAAAACGUCAAACGAGCCGUGGAUCUGUGCGCUGCUCCGGGGAGCUGGAGUCAGGUUCUAUCGCAAGAGAUCUUCACUCCGCAGCAGAGCGAUCCCUCCGUGAAGAUCGUCGCUGUGGACUUUCAGUUUAUGGUGCCCAUUCCUGGUGUAGUGCAGCUGCAGGGCGACAUCACCAAAAUGUCCACUGUGGAGAAGAUCCUGGCGGAGUUCGGCGGUGAGCAGGCGGAUUUGAUUGUGUGUGAUGGUGCGCCCGAUGUGACGGGUCUGCAUGAACUGGAUGUUUAUCGACACCAUGAUAUUGUGCUGGCGACAUUGGCUUUGACGACAGCCGUUCUCAAGUACGGAGGGACGCUGGUUAUGAAAGUGUUCAAGCGGAAAAAUGAUGAUCUGCUUCGCCAGCAGAUAGCUGCGUUUUUCCGUACCGUCACGUUCGAAAAACCUGAAGGAAGUCGUGAUUCCAGUCUGGAGCAUUUUGCCCUCUGUACAGAUCAUUUUUGUCCGGAUGGAUAUCAGCCAAGAAUGUUGUUGGACUAUCUCUCAAACGGUGACAUGAGUCCUUAUUUGAAUACUAUUGUGCCGUUUAUUGUUUAUGGAGAUUUGACAAGUAUUCUGCGAAUACAACCAAAUUCACCUUCAAAGCAACGAAAGUGUCCACCUGUUGCUUCGAGAGAAGAGCAUCAGAACGCGUUGGACAGGCCGGAGACAAUAAGAGACAAGAAGAGCACUGAGAAUGCUGCUCAAGAACGGGAUUUACCUGCAGAUGCAGUUUCAGAACGCGCUGUAUGGGAAAGCCGCAUUCCACCGUUAACGGAUUUGUUGAAGUCUUUGGAUCACGCAUGAUAUUAGAUUUGUUAUGUUAUUUUAUGAUUGUUAAUAGGUAUGUGUUUGGCCGGCAUUAGUGACUGCCAAUUUUGUCCCGUCCAGGCCAAUUUUGGCCCGGUAGCUGACUAGAAGGUCUAUGGAAAGCACCAUCGUUGUUAUUUUUUUAGUUUGCCAGAAUGUAUUUUUGUAAUUACAAACCGAGAUUGGUGAAAUUUGGUUGAACAGUUUGUUAUCCACAAAGCACAAACUGUUGAAGUACGUAGACUCGUGGAAUUUUUAUGCGUAGUAAUAAAUAAAUUUCAAGCAAAA